UAUAUACAUACACAGAACUUUUCGUUAUUUUCAUUAUAUUCCACAUUAGCUCCAAACGAAACUUUUCCACAUCAGUGAGCAUUGUGAAAACGGAACUUUUUUUGUAAGCCUUCUCUUCUCUUUUCCACAAUCUUCUCUUCUCUUUAUUUCUUCCCCACAACAUACUUAAGCUAUCUGGUAUAUCAUACAAACAUUAUGUUCUAAAUUGUUUUUUUUUUUUUAAUCAAAGCAGAAAUUGAGCAACUUGAAGCAUUUGGAUCUCCGCUUCAGCCUUGGGUUAACAAAAACCCCUAAUUUUGGUGAUAUGCCAAACUUGGAGACACUAAAUUUAUCUCUGUGUGAGAAUUUGGAAGAGGUCCAUCCCUCUCUUGGACAUUGAAGAAUGCUUGCUUAUUUGAAUUUGCGUGAAUGUGAAAAACUUAAGAAGCUUCCAAAAUUGGUGGGCUCUCUUCUCUUUAUUUCUUCCCCACAACAUACUUAAGCUAUUUGGUACGUCAUACAAACAUUAUGUUCUAAAUUGUUUUUUUUUUUAAUUAAAGCAGAAAUUGAGCAACUUGAAGCAUUUCGAUCUUGGAAAGUGCCACGGGUUAACAAAAACCCCUAAUUUUGGUGAUAUGCCAAACUUGGAGGAACUAGAUUUAUCUCUGUGUUGGAAUUUGGAAGAGAUCCAUCCCUCUGUUGGACAUUGCAAAAUGCUUACAAUAUUGAAUUUGAGUUAUUGUCACAAACUUAAGAAGUUUUCAGAAUUGGUGGGGUUCUCUUCUCUUUAUUUCUUCCCCACAAAAUACUUAAGGUAUCUGAUAUAUCAUACAAACAUAAUGUUCUAAAUUGUUUUUUUAAUUAAAGCAGAAAUUGAGCAACUUGAAAUAUUUGGAUCUCCGCUGCUUCCUUGGGUUAACAAAACCUCUUAAUUUUGGUGAUAUGCCAAACUUGGAAACACUAGAUUUAAGGGAGUGUAAGAAUUUGGAAGAGGUCGAUCCCUCUCUUGGACAUUGCAGAAUGCAUAGAGAAUUGGAUUUGAGUGAAUGUGAAAAACUUAAGAAGCUUCCAGAACUGAAAUUGGGCAACUUGAUCGUUUUGACUCUAAGGGGGUGCGGUGGGUUAACAGAAACCCCUAAUUUUGGUGAUAUGCCAAACUUGAAGUAUUUGAAUCUAAGGGGGUGCGGUGGGUUAACAGAAACCCCUAAUUUUGGUGAUAUGCCAAACUUGAAGACACUAGAUUUAGGAUGGUGGAAGAAUUUGGAAGAGGUCCAUCACUCCCUUGGACAUUGCAGAAUGCUUACAGAAUUGGAUUUGUCUCAUUGUGAAAAACUUAAGAAGCUUCCUGAGGAUUUAGGAUCUUUGCAAUCUUUGGAACGCUUGAACGUGAUAUUCUGUCAGAACCUUAAUGAACUGCCACGAGAGCUACCCCCUAAUUUAUUGGAGCUGUCUGCAGAUUAUCUUUUAGCCUCGAAGAGCAUUAGAGAUCUAGUAAAUCAGUGUCUUAAACUGCAUAAGCUCUCAAUAUCAUGGUGUGGUCAUUGUAAAUGCGAAUGCAUCCAUUUGUUGCAACAACAUUUAACAAGGACAUACAUCCAAGUUUUUAUCUCUCCCUCACAUAUAUGAAUGUUGAAUAUUCUUGUCCAAAUGAUUUCUAUUAAUAAUGAUUCCGUUGCAGUUUCACUUCCCUAGAAGGAAUUAUUCUAGCUUUCGUUUUCCCGAAGUCAGAAUUCCAGAGUUGCUCAAUUAUCAGUUUAUAAAUCAAAAAGAGAUCUCAAUUGAGUUGAAUUCAUCUUGGUAUACCGAUAAAUUCAGGGGUUUUUCGAUAUGUUUUCGUCCUAAUAGCAAGUAUUUGGCAGUAGUAGCUACAUUGGUCUGCAAAUCUGACCUUGAAAGAAAACAUUCCUUGAAGUAUAACCUCUCCAAAUUGAGGCUCAACUCUUCUAUGUGUUUCAUCUACAUACCGUUUGAAACAUUCUAGCAGGCUUCUGACAAUAAAGAAGGGAAGAACCCAAAUGAUUAUUACCUGUUUGAGGUAUCUUCAGACAGACAGGAAGCAUCUUGGGGAAUUCACUUGGAGUAUGAGAAAAAAGAUUCUGCAGUGACACCUGAAAUUGGCCAUAGUGACAACUCAAUUCUAUUUUGGAUUCGCGUUUAGGAUAUUUGGGGGUACUUUCGAUUUUGUGGUCCUUAUUAAUACUUUCUUUGUUUCAAUGUAUGUAUUAGAUUUUUCUUUUUAGUUUGUUUGAUAUUUAAAAUAAUUUAAUUUUAAAA